AUGUACUUGUCAAGUAUCGAUGAAGUAAACAGUGUUGAUAUUGAUGAUAACUCACAAAUACGACAAGGAACAACAUCGCCUAUUACUUCUAAUCCGUCACAAUCUUCGCCACCAUCCUGUCCUACUUUACUUGUCAUAGACGAUAAUUCAAAUUCUGAUGAUACACCGUUAAUUAUAUCUGACAUUCCAAUUAAUUCUAUGGUUUCUUCUGCUCAAAUAGCAUCGUCCUCUCCAUUGUCUACCUUAGAACCUCCACAAGGUAUAUCUGAACAACAACGUCGUCGAAAUUCAUCCAUAGCAAAAUUACUUGGUGGUCAACCAUUAACUAAUCAACAAUAUGAAGAAAUUAAUCAACAAAUACUUGAUGAUCAAUCAAGUCAAAGUGUAACUAAUAAUAGUGAUAAUGGAACUGAUACUGGAAUUCAACGUUCACGUAGUUCUAUAACAAGAACUUUACUAAUGAAUCCAGAACGAAAUGAUAAUACAUUGCCGACGACAACAACAACAAAAACAAAAGCACGACCAUCAUCACCAGAAUUUUCCAAAGACUUUGAAUAUUUAAUACGUCGAGAACUUGAUAUUGAACAUGCACCAUCAACACUUAAUAGAAAUAGUUCAACACCAAGUAUUUUUCAGAAUCUCAGUAGUGCUCGUAAUUCACCUACUCAUACUCAGUCACCAUCACAAUCAAAAUUAAAACGAAAAAGAGUUAAUCCAAAACAGCAACCAGUAUCAACACCAACAAUAAAUAAAUCAUUGAAUAAUCCUCCAUUCACUAUACCUGAUCCAUUUGAACUUGAUCAUCCACCAUCAUCGUUAAAUUCAGCACCGGUUUCUCGUUCUCAUCAUCAUCAAAAUGAUUUAUAUCGUUUCGAUAUAUCACAUCCACAUUCUCGCCAUCAUCAUCAUCAUCAGCAGCAAAAUCAACAACAACAACAACAACAACAACAACAAUAUUCAUUACCAAUGAACAGUUCAACACCUAAUUCAGCUCCAUUCAUUUUUCAUCAAAUAAAUCUAAAUUCACCGAACUAUGCACAAUUUAAAAUUCAUCAUGAUCGUGUACCUAUAAUACCUUGUUCACCUGCAUCUUCGUUAUCAUCAUCAUCAUCAUCAUCAUCAUCAUCGACAUCAUCAUGCAAUUGUUGUCGUUAUCCUGCGACACCUGAAUUAGCAUCAUCGACUUCAGUUUCAUCUUUAUCACCUAAUCCAUCAUCGCCUUCUAUCAUACCACAUCAAACAAUUGCACCAUCAUCACGUAAAACUAAAGCGAUACAUAAUCGACCAGAUAUAUAUGAAAUUCCAAUGCAACGAUCAUAUUCUGCUACGUCUAAUUCAUCGAUUGCCUCAUUAUCAUCACCACCAUUAUCGUCUGGUCACAGUAUACCAUUAAAAAAACGUUUACUUCAUGCCUAUAAAAAUGAACAACGUCCUUCAUCAACUCUGUGA